GAAUUACCAGAGAGCAGCUUCAAACCAUCAAAAACAAUUACCAGAGAACAGCUCCAAAUUCACCAAAAAAAAUUACCAGGUCACAACUCCAAACCCACUGAAAAAAUUACAAGAGAAAAGCUCCAAGCUUGUCGAAUGAAAUGCCAGAGAACAGCUCCAAAUCUGGCGAAUUACCAGAGAAAGCUCCAAACCCGCGAAGAAAAUUACCAGAGAACAGCUUCAAAAUUUCUAAAAAACCUACCAGAGAACAACUCCAAAUCUGGUGAAGAAAAUUACAAGAGAAAAUCUCCAAACCCGGCAAAGAAACUAGAAGCUGAAGCCGAAUUAGAAAAAUUAUCAGAAAUCAGAAACCUACCAGAGAACAGUUCCAAAUCUGGCAAAGAAAUUGCUAAAGAAAGCUCCAAACCUGGCGAAGAAAAUUACCAAAAAAAAGCCCAAACCUGUGAAGAGAACAGCUCCAAACCCGGCAAAGAAAAUUAUGAAAGAAACCCGGCGAAGAAAAUAGAAGCUGAAGCCGAAUUAGAGUAG